GUUGGGUGGGUGCAGUAAAAACGGCCAAACGGUCUGCUUUACCGUGUCUAGUGUGAUCACAUUUGUAGAAUACAUUUGUAUGAGGCAACAAGUUCUCUUCAAUAAUCAAGAAUGUUUGCUUCCGUCUUUGUGAUCGCACUGGGGUUGUGCUACUGUAGUAGGGCGAGCAGUCAGUCAUCUCUGGGUCUUCCACGACUGUUUGGCCCUUCAGAGGCUUUAGUGAAAACUGCCAUAGAAAUGAAUUGUGAACUACUCACCUUCCCAGAGGAUGAACCCAUCCUGCUGCAGCUAUUCAGGGAGGGUAACCAUAGCAGGUUGUUUGCUGAAUACACCUCCCUGGAGGGGGAGGUGGCAGACCUCCCUGUAUAUGUCCAACCUUACCAUGAGGGCAACCUGGAGUGUGUGGCCAGGGCGCAGAACAACUCUCUCAUAGAGCCCACUGUCAGCAACAUACACUACCUGAAGGUUAUUGAGCCAGUGAAAGGCGCAGAGAUUGAGGUCCGCUCGGGUUCCGUGGAUUUAUUUGAGGGGAACAUGUUGGAGCUCCGCUGUAAACUCAAAGCUGGAAAUCACGUCUCCUACAAGUGGCUGCUGAAUGGCCGGCUUGUGUCUCAGUCUCUUCUCCACGAUGACCGUCUCUUGAUCAACAGAACAACUUCCCAGGAUAGCGGCUCCUACAGGUGUGUCGCAUCCAACAGCUUCAACCAAACAGACUUCUUCACCUCCAACAGCACUGAAGUUGUAAUCACAGUCAGAGAGCCAGUGAAAGGCGCAGAGAUUGAGGUCCGCUCGGGUUCCGUGGAUUUAUUUGAGGGGAACAUGUUGGAGCUCCGCUGUAAACUCAAAGCUGGAAAUCACGUCUCCUACAAGUGGCUGCUGAAUGGCCAGCUUGUGUCUCAGUCUCUUCUCCACGAUGACCGUCUCUUGAUCAACAGAACAACUUCCCAGGAUAGCGGCUCCUACAGGUGUGUCGCAUCCAACAGCUUCAACCAAACAGACUUCUUCACCUCCAACAGCACUGAAGUUGUAAUCACAGUCAGAGAGCCAGUGAAAGGCGCAGAGAUUGAGGUCCGCUCGGGUUCCGUGGAUUUAUUUGAGGGGAACAUGUUGGAGCUCCGCUGUAAACUCAAAGCUGGAAAUCACGUCUCCUACAAGUGGCUGCUGAAUGGCCAGCUUGUGUCUCAGUCUCUUCUCCACGAUGACCGUCUCUUGAUCAACAGAACAACUUCCCAGGAUAGCGGCUCCUACAGGUGUGUCGCAUCCAACAGCUUCAACCAAACAGACUUCUUCACCUCCAACAGCACUGAAGUUGUAAUCACAGUCAGAGACCUGGUGUCAACCCCUAACAUCUCCUUCACCGUGUUAAAGGAGGAUUUCCAAAACUAUUCUGCUGUGGUCACCUGUCGGUCAACUAGAGGGACUCCACCUGUCACCUUUUCACUUUACAACAGCACAGAAGUCAUUGCCAGCGUGACGGUUGAAGAGCAAUUCGCCACAUUUAAGGUUCCGCUGAUUCUGGGCCAGGACUUGGGAUUUCUUCAGUGCCAGGCAAGAAAUGGAGACAAUGCCACAUACAGUGAAAAGAUUCCCCUGGAAGUCGUACCGGUUGGUGGGCCAGUGAAAAUGCCUUACACCUAUGACAGUGGUGAAAACUAUGAUGUGAUCGGCGUAACUUUCUACUGCAAGGCGGAAAAGGGAACUCAUCCACGGUACCAGUGGUUCCUCAAUGGAACCCUUCUAGAUGACAGAGGAAGCUUCUACUAUGUGGACCACCAGCCCCCAGAAAUGGCUAUGCUGAUGCUGUCAGUAGGGGACAGCAGCGCCGGGACGUACCACUGUGAAGUGUCAGACAGCUUUGACAACACCACCGCCAUAAGCAGCAGGAGACUAUAUCUGGACAAACACACGCUGAAUCGUCUUCCCGUCUGGGUGGUGGCAGUUGUCUUCGGAAGCUUCACCUUCCUGAUUCUCUUGGUCUCCGUUUGUUGUGGACUUGGAGUGGUGUUCAGGCGACGGCAUUAUGGAGAGAAGUCUCUGUUGGACUUUGAGAUGGAGAGAAUGACGCCUGUGUAUUAUGGCAAGCUGGAUUUGUCUCAUUACAACGAGGACACUGAUGUGGUGAAUGCAGCCAGGUGGGGUGAGGUGGACCAGGCAUCUCUUGACUCUGUGGAUGAAUGGCCCCAGAUUGAGGAAGAGAAGAAGACGUUGGAGGAUGAGCCAGCUGAGGAGCCCUGAUGGUUCAGACUGCUCUGUAAAAACAUGCUCUUGAAGUUUAAUAAACAAAUGCCUCUGAUUAACAAUUAAAUCAUCUAUCUCUUAAGUGUGUGUGUGUGUGUGGUGGUAAAAUUGAC